AUGUCGAAACAAGAUAAGCACUGCACGGCGAUUGACUUCGAGAGCUACCAAGAACGGCUUGCGAAUAACCCAUCACGAGAGGCACCCUUGAGCAAACAGCCACACCAGCUUGAUGCACCCACCCAAUUGGACAGUAGUUCCAACAAAAAAAAGAGAAAAACGUCUCCCUGGAGCGAACAUACACGAAAGGUUGUGAGUGGAGGCCCAAAACUCUUUGGCUUACCUCAGGUGUGCGAGGAAGGUACAUCUCGCGGGUUAAUCGUGAGGGAGGAAUCACCCUGGGACACUUAUCGUCGGACACUCAGGUGUAAUCUGGCAGGUGAGGUGUUCAUUGCAGCUCGCCGUUCCCGUCCGUCCCAGGUAGUAGCCCUUCGGGAGUACACCAAAGGGGACGUGGCUAAAAUGCGACGGCUGUAUGAUAUCCUUGACCACGAUAAUGUAUUGACGGCCCGAGAGUGCUUCGUAAAUGAAGGAUGCAUGUACGCUCUCGUCAACGACCUCCAGCUCACUUUGGAGCAGCUUGUGGGGUGUCGGUCUCUCUAUCCUACGGAGGCGGAAUUAGCUUCCAUGACUUGGCAGAUUUUGGAUGGUUUAUGUUACCUCAAUGAAACUGGAUUAGAACACCAGUCUCUGACAUGCCGGAAUAUUCUUCUCGGCCUAGAUGGCGUUAUCAAGAUCGCCAGCUUGGAGAUGUGCGUGGAACGUCCGCCGGGUCAGGCACAGAAUGUAUACAUCAAAACUCUCGCUUCCAUUACCAUGGAAAUCAUGCAGAAGUAUGUGAAAGAUGAUGGAAUGGUGGGAGUAGAUGACGUGGAUCGUUGGCCUGUCGACUCAGAUGCGUUUGGGUUCCUUUCCGCCCUCUCGACAGCAAAGUCUAUUGAAUCUUUGAAAGAGCAACCGCUUGUCCGCAAAGAAAGUCGAUUGGUGGGAGAGUUGAUGCUUCUUGCUCGGUCUGUUUUAGUCUCUGCAAGGAUGUUCUAUUCCUACGAGAGAUAG